AUGUUCGUCUUCGUUGAGCCGCCUCUCCACCAGACUCCCCAUGUUCUUGCUGAACUGUUGAACACGCCUACUGUCGGCGCCCAUGCCGGAAGAAGCAAGGACGAUAACCGUUUUGGCGCGGCAGUCGCCUCCAGGCUGCUAGACCAUGGACGAUCACACCUGAGGCCAAUCCACAAGGAAAGUUUACCUGGGGCAUGCAAAAGCGACUCCGUGCUCGUCGAGUUUAUCGCAUAUCGCACCCAGGACCAGGGUAAAUCAAGGUCGCGUGCGACCCCACCAUCAACUAGCUAA